AUGUGCUCAAAAUGCUUUCGCGACGAGGACCGGAAAGCGCAGGCAAAGCAGGAUGUGGCGGCCCAGGCAGUGGCGGCCACCGACCCAGCGCAGACGGCCGAUGUCGUGGCUGCACCUGCGUCCCAGCCUGCCGCUGAUGUCACGCCAAUGCUGAACGGCAGCCCUAGGGAUGUCGCCAUUAGUAGCGGCUGCCCGGCCCCAGCAGUGGCAGCAGAGGCUUCUUUCAGCGCAGCUGCAGCUAGCCCCAAGGCCGACACGCCUGGCAAGACCUCGACCAGGUGCCAGCAGUGCCGCAAAAAGGUCGGCCUCCUGGGCUUCCAGUGCCGCUGUGGUGGACUGUACUGUGGCCAGCACCGGUAUGCAGAGGACCAUACCUGCUCUUACGACCACAAAGCAGCGCAGCGCGCCAAGCUGGCCAAGGACAACCCGCUGGUGCAGGCCAGCAAGAUGCAGCGCAUCUGA